UUUAAUGGUGGAGAGAGGACAUUGAGUCCAGCAGGGAAUUCUGCAGUUAUAGUGGGAGGAUACCAGUACUUAGAGCUUCCUAGAAAGUGUUAACUGAAACUUUGCAAAGACAGACCACAGUGCCUGGCUCAUAGUAAUCCCUUGACCAGUGUUAAUCAUAGCCACUGACUGACUUGGGUUCAAACCCUGGCCCUGUAGUUACUUGCUGUGUGACCUCGGACCUGCCACUCUAAUCUGUAACCUGGAGAUCGUUUUUACUUUUUACCGCGGGUGGUUGUGAGGAGUCACUGAGAUGUGAACAUAUUCAGUGCCUGGCACGUAAACAUUCAGCAGGAGCUACUGCAUGGGCAUUGGAGUCAGGGAGAACUUGUUUUUGAAUCCUAGUAAAGUGCAUGCUAGAUGUGGCAUUUGGCAAAUGACUGCACCACAAUGAGUCGGUUUUUUCAUUGAUUAAAAUGGGGCUAAUUAUAGUCCUCACUCAUGAGGAGGUUGUGAGGCAUCAGCGUGAUGCCUGGCAUUGGUCCUGGUGCAUAGUUAGUGCUUGGUAUGUGAAAUGCUGUUGUUCUGUCUGACUUAACUGAAGCUUCUCCAUGCCUUGCUCUUUGAGAGAUGUUGGUUGUAUUGUCUUUGUCCGGUGGUAAAAUCCUGAAGGGAAAAGGGAUCUUAGGAGCCAAGUACAGGGCGAAGUGAUGUCCGUGGUCAUGUUCAUCAUCCUACUUGGGAGUAGAGGAGAGACCCUCACAUCUGGGGACUUUGGGAAGGCUUCACAAAGCAGGUGGCAGCCAAGCAGAGUGAUGGAGAGCUUGCCAGGAGGACAGGAGGAGCAAACAUUCCAGGCACAGAUGGGGACACUGAAGCCUGACUGGCGAAGUCACUUGCCAAGGUCACACAGCUAAUGCCAAGCUCUGGAGUUUGUUUGUUUGUUUUUUGCUGCGCCUUGCGGCAUGUGGGAUCUUAGUUCCUCGACCAGGGAUCGAACCUGUGCCCCCUGCAGUGAAAGCGUGGAGUCUUAACCACUGGACCGCCGGGGAAGUCCUCAAGCUCUGGUUUUUGUUAACGCUCCAGGGAGCAGAGUGAAGGCGAGGGAGACAAUGGUCUCUGUAACUAUGGCCACUUCCGAGUGGAUCCAAUUCUUUAAGGAAGCCGGCAUUCCUCCGGGACCUGCUGUCAAUUACGCAGUGAUGUUUGUGGAUAAUAGGAUCCAGAAGAGCAUGCUGCUGGAUCUCAACAAGGAAAUCAUGAAUGAGCUGGGCGUGACUGUGGUGGGUGACAUCAUUGCCAUCCUCAAGCAUGCCAAGGUGGUGCACCGCCAGGACAUGUGCAAAGCUGCCACUGAGUCGGUGCCCUGCAGCCCCAGCCCCCUUCCAGGCGAGAUUCGCCGAGGCGCCUCUAGCGCCGCCUCCCGGAUGAUCACCAACAGCCUGAACCGAGACUCCCCACCCGGCACUCCCCCCCGGCGGCCGGACACCAGCACCUCCAAGAUCUCUGUCACCGUGUCCAACAAGAUGGCAGCAAAGAGUGCCAAGGCCGCUGGCUCCUUCCCGUCGUGGGGCCUUUGCCCUGAUGUUCCCUCCUCCUGGACCUUCUUCCUCCACAGACUUUUCCAUGCUUGGCCGCUGUUCCUCUUCCAGGUCUCAGCUGCAGCCCUGGCCCGCCGGGAGGAGGAGAGCUUGACUGGUGCCACCAAGCGGCGCCGCGUCACAGCCGAGAUGGAGGGCAAGUACAUUAUCAACAUGCCCAAAGGCACCACCGCCCGGACCCGCAAGAUCCUGGAGCAGCAGCAGGCGGCGAAAGGUCUCCACAGGACGUCUGUGUUUGAUCGCCUUGGCGCCGAGACCAAGGCAGACACGACGACGGGGAAUAAACCCACAGGAGUCUUCAGCCGCCUGGGGGCCACCCCAGAGAUGGACGAGGAUCUGGCUUGGGACAGUGACCACGACAGCAGCAGCUCUGUCCUGCAGUAUGCCGGCGUCCUGAAGAAGCUAGGCCGGGCCCCAGCCAAAGCCAGUCCCCAGCCCGCACCAACUGUCAAAGCCAAGGCCACCAGCUCGGCGGCAACGGCUACCGCCCCAACGCUGCGGCGCCUGGCUUUUUCCUCACGACCUGGGCUCGAGAGGAAGCCGGAGUCCCUAUCCAAAGUCAGCAUCAUCCAGAGACUGGGCAAGGCUGCCCUUGUGCCGGAGGCCCAGGACAGCCAGGUCACGAGCACCAAGAGUAAGUCCUCGGCUGAGGUCAAGGUCACCAUUAAGAGGACUCUGGUGGGGCCCCGGGGGAGCAGCUCCAGCGAGGGCCUUGGUGCCCAGAUGGACCACGCGGGCACUGUGAGCGUGUUCAAAAGACUGGGCCGCAGGACCUUCUAGCCCAAGGGCGGGGCGCAGGCCCCUCUCCAGACUCCAGGCUCCAUCAGAGUCUUCAGCGAGGGCGCGCUCACCCCUCCCUGCCGGCUGCUGGAUGACACUGCUUGUCUCCCUCGGGCGUUCUGCCAGCCUGAGCUCUCUGGGGAUUCACCCGGUUUUUCUGAGUCUGAGAUGGUCAUUGUGGCCCGGCCUUGCCGCUCUGGGACUUUCCCUUCUCUCCCGUCCUCUGUUCUCUCCUCUCUGACCGUGGCCUUGGCAGGACCCACUUUUCUACCUCUCCAAGUGCCAAGUGCCCUUUUCCUGUCCUCCAUCCCCCAUCCUCCCUCUCAGCAACAUCUGCUGCCUCAAACCCCGGCUCCGGGCCUCCCUGUCCCCCAGGGUGGGUGUCGUCUGAAGGGGCUCCCGUAUCAUACCCCCACCCCCACCCCCGACUGCCUCGCUUCCCUCCCUCCUCUGCCCCCUCCCCACCGAUGCUUUGACUUCUCUCUCUCCGUCUCUUCACUCUGUUCAUUUCUUUUCUGUUUUCUGUCCCUGU